GGCGGCGGCGCGCGCGUAGGGGGCCUGCUUGCUCAUCUCAGCCGUCAGGAGGGGCCAUGGCGAGGCUACGGGUUUAAGGAGGAGGCUGGUGGUCGGCUCCCUGGGCAGGCGAAAGGUGCCCCCAACCUUCCCUGGCUUUCAUCAUGAGUCCGGCGUGAGCUCAGCCGACGGCACGGGCAUCUCCAUGGUGCAGGACAGCGGCAUGUCACGCACACCUUACAGCUCCAGCCAAGACAUCCAAAUGGAGGUCUUAGACAACCCUGGCCUCCAGGGAAAGUAUAGCAAAAGGAAGAACCGCUUCAAACGCUCUGACGGCAGCACCUCUUCUGACACAACUUCAAACAGCUUCGUCAGGCAGGGUUCUGCUGAGUCCUAUACCAGUCGCCCAUCUGACUCUGAUGUGUCCCUGGAGGAAGACCGUGAAGCCCUGCGCAAAGAAGCAGAGCGACAAGCAUUGGCACAGCUGGAGAAAGCCAAGACCAAGCCAGUAGCAUUUGCUGUGAGGACAAAUGUGGGCUAUAAUCCUUCUCCCAGUGAUGAUGUGCCAGUCCAAGGCAUGUCUAUUUCCUUUGAACCCAAAGACUUCCUUCAUAUCAAAGAGAAAUACAACAAUGAUUGGUGGAUUGGACGCCUGGUCAAAGAAGGUUGUGAGGUGGGCUUCAUCCCAAGCCCUGUCAAGCUGGAGAACAUGAGGAUGCAACAGGAGCAAAAGAUGAGACAAUAUCGGCUCAGCUCCAGUAAAUCAGGAGACAACUCCACUUCCAGCCUAGGAGAUGUGGUGACCGGUCCCCGGAGACCCACACCCCCUGCUAGUGGUACUUUGGACCUGACUAAUUUAGCUUAUGACCCAGAUGCCCUUGAUUUAGAGGAGGAGGAGGAGGCAGGAGCCGACGAGAGCCAGCGCACCCCUAAAACUAGUGUUAGCAGUGUCACCACACCUCCCUCCACCACCAAGCGCAUCCCCUUCUUUAAGAAGGCAGAGCAUGUGCCACCAUAUGAUGUAGUUCCUUCUAUGCGGCCAAUCAUUCUUGUGGGCCCGUCCUUGAAAGGAUAUGAGGUGACAGACAUGAUGCAAAAAGCCUUGUUUGAUUUCUUGAAACGCCGAUUUGAUGGCAGAAUAUCCAUCACACGUGUGACGGCUGAUAUCUCUCUGGCCAAGCGCUCAGUCCUCAACAACCCUAGCAAACACACCAUCAUUGAGCGCUCCAGUACCCGUUCCAGUCUGGCUGAAGUGCAGAGCGAGAUAGAGCGCAUCUUUGAAUUGGCCCGAACGCUACAACUGGUUGCCUUGGAUGCAGACACCAUCAAUCACCCAGCUCAACUCUCCAAGACCUCGUUAGCACCUAUUAUUGUCUACAUCAAGAUAUCUUCCCCAAAGGUGCUGCAACGGUUGGUGAAAUCUAGGGGCAAAUCCCAGGCCAAGCACUUGAAUGUUCAGAUGGUGGCUUCGGACAAAUUGGCACAAUGUCCCCCAGAAAUGUUUGACAUCAUCCUGGAUGAAAACCAACUGGAAGAUGCUUGUGAACAUCUGGCUGAAUACCUGGAAGCCUAUUGGAAGGCCACACAUCCCCCUAGCAGCAAUCCACCCAAUCCAUUGCUGACCCGCACCAUGGCAACCGCUGCCCUGGCUGCGAGCCCUGCCCCAGUCUCCAACCUCCAGGGACCCUACUUGGUGCAUGGGGAGGAGCCUCAUGACCCAGAGCAUCCCAGCCUCCACAGCUACGCAGGGCAGCCGGUGGGGCAUGGCCAGAUCCGUUCAGUGCCGCCUCCCUCUCACUUGGCUGCCCGAGGCCUUUCCCGACAGGACACCUUUGAUUCAGAGAUGCCGGGCAGUCACGAUUCUGCUUACACCGAUCCAGCGGAUUCCUGCAUGGACAUUGAGACUGACCCUUACGAGGAGCCGGAGCCUCCUCGCCUGAGCCGCCGCGAGGUCAUCUGGGAGGCUGUAGAACUGGAGCGUAGUCAUUACUUCCCGGGCCACAGCCACCGCCCCCCACAGUGCCAAGGCUCCCGAGAGGCCGAAGAGCCUGACCGACAAAACCGCAACCGGCCUCUGCGCGGGCGGGGCAAAGGGCGGGAACGCUACUGCCAGGAGGAGGAGGAAGAGGAGGAGGAGGAAGAGGAAGAGGAAGCUCUAGGUCGUAACCAUAACAAUGUGGAGGACUGGGGGCGUGAUGCUUAUAUCCGUUAAGGCCCCAAGGGCAGGUUUUUAUCCACCUAGGGAGAAGAUUCUUCCCAUUCAGACCUUUGGGGGUGGCAGCUGAUGGCCACUGAGGGCAGAGACUGCCCCUAAAAGAUUGGCCUUCAGCCCCACAGGUGGAGCUUGAUGGCUGUAGUGUUUGUACCCCCAAAGCCGCGCCAUCGUUGGCCAGGCCUGUGAGUCAAUGCCCCUCCUCCCCGUUCUUGUCUGGGGACUCCCUCCAUCCCCCCUUUGCCAUUUGUGCCAACAACUUCUCUGAGCAUCCUCACCCUGCCAGCAGCACUGCCUGGGCCUUCCCACAAGAUCAUGAAGAAUCACAUCGACCUUAAAUUCUUCUUUCUACUUCAGGGCUGGGAAGGUGGGGAGAGCAUCCCUUGAGGCCAUGGAGAGGGAGAGGAUUGGUCUCCGCUGGUGCCUAGGGUUACCCCAAAUGCUUGGGGAAUGGCUAGGGUGGACCGCUGACCAUAGACUGGCCCUUCUUAAGUCCUUCUUGCCUGACCACAGCCAAAGCCAAACAGCUCCUGGAGGAAGAUGACCUCCUUUCCUCUUUCGAUUUAAGCUGUCAUAGAUCUCUUCCUUUGCUAUCUUAUGGUGCUGCGCCAGCCCAGCCACUGUGGGGGAAGGGAGAAAAGCAACUCUCAAUUUUUCUCCCAGGAUUUGUUCAUUGCCAGAUCUUUUCCAGUGCCUACAAAAGAAUUACAACACAAAUCACCUUAAAUCAGCCUUCCCCAUUCUGACAGCCUCCAGGCCUGUUGGAUGACAACCUGCAUAAUUCCCAGCCAGCACAUCUGGAAGGUGUCAUGUUGGGGAAGGCUGCCUUAAACGCUUCAGCCCUCCAGUGCCUCUGCUCAGGACCGUUCUGGAUGUAUUUCGCGUGCUGGAUAGAUUCUGAUCAUACAGAGUGCAUGCAUGUAUGUGUGGUGUGUGCCAUGCCUGGCAGAGAGAAAGGCUUUGACAUCCCUGUAAUUUGCUGUCUUGCUUUUAGUACUGACUUUGGAAACCUCUUUCCAGCAUGUGUGAUAACUUGGCCUGGGGCAUUGGGCAGAUAAAGGGCAGGGCGGCUCUCCCACCCCCUGAACCCACAGGGAGGCAAUGCCAGCUAGUCUCCUUUGCCUUUGCUGCAGGAGGUGCCUUCUCUCACAGUGGAAAGCUUGAGGGUUGGCCCAUCCCACUGUCGCUUCUUUGUUCCUGUGGAUUUCUUUUCCUAGGUGAACUUGGGAAGCUAGCCUGUCUUUCUCUUCUUCUGAUAAUGUGCCAGAUGAAUUGCAGGAAAAGCAACAAACACAUGGCCUCCAGGACAGAAAACAGAAAUAAGAGGUAUUGGGGCAGCAGGCUGGAGUCCUACAUCUGCCACUACUGAUUCUUCCUGUGCAGGCCCAGAGACCUGCUGGAUCUCUAGGACCAGGGAUGACCACCAACCUAGAGCAUGUUAUCACUCUACGGUCCACAGAGGGAAAUUUGUAGCUGCUUGCU